GGCGGGCCGGGGCGGGCGGCGAGGGAGAGGCCACAACGGCCUCGGCGGCCGCGCGGCGGGCGGGCCCGGCGGCGGGAGCGCGGCGGGCGGCGGGGCCUCGGGGGCGGGCCGGGCUGCCGGGGACCCGGCGUCCCUGCUCCGGGGCUGCAGACCUCGCGGGAGAGCGCGGCGCUGCCCGGCGCAGAUUAAAAAUAAAGAAAUAUAAACCAGAUGCAGCAGUUUCUUGACAUGGAGAAACAAGACCAAAAUACAGUGGGGUGUUUGUAUUUGUGCCAUAAUAAUCAACCCAAACUCCUUCUAAUCGAAACAGUCGUAUUUAAAGCUUCUCCUUGUGAGGCUGAGCUUCAAGAAUUAAUGGAACAAAUUGACAUCAUGGUAAGCAACAAAAAAUUGGAUUGGGAAAGGAAGAUGCGGGCUUUGGAGACACGAUUAGAUCUUCGGGAUCAAGAGUUGGCAAAUGCACAAACUUGUUUGGAUCAGAAAGGUCAAGAGGUGGGGUUACUCAGACAGAAGUUGGACAGUCUGGAAAAGUGUAACUUAGCAAUGACUCAGAAUUAUGAAGGACAACUACAAACCCUAAAAGCUCAAUUUUCCAAACUAACUAAUAGCUUUGAAAAACUGAGAUUACACCAGAUGAAACAAAAUAAAUUUCGACGAAAAGAAUUACCACACCCCAAAGAUGAAACACCCUUUGAACUGAGCAAUUUGAACCAGAAAUUAGAGGAAUUUAGAACAAAGUCAAGAGAAUGGGACAAGCAAGAGAUACUAUAUCAGACUCAUCUGGUUUCUUUAGAUGCUCAACAAAAGUUAUUAUCUGAGAAGUGUAAUCAGUUUCAGAAACAGGCACAAAGUUACCAAACUCAGCUAAAUGGUAAAAAACAGUGCAUAGAAGACAGCAGCUCUGAAAUUCCUCGGUUGAUGUGUGAGCCAGAUCCCAGCUGUGAAACCAAUGAAAGAGAUGAGUUCAUUAUCGAAAAAUUAAAAUCAGCUGUGAGUGAAAUAGCAUUAAGCAGGAAUAAGUUACAAGAUGAAAAUCAGAAGCUCUUACAAGAACUGAAAAUGUACCAAAGACAGUGCCAGGCCAUGGAAGCAGGACUCUCAGAAGUGAAAAAUGAGUUACAGUCACGUGACGAUCUCUUGAGAAUUAUAGAAAUGGAGCGGUUGCAGUUGCACAGAGAAUUAUUAAAAAUAGGCGAGUGCCAAAAUGCUCAAGAAAAUAAAAAAAGACUUGAGUUGUCUUAUUCACCUUCUAUUAAAGAACCAGAAAGGAAAAGGAAAGAGCUGUUUUCAUUGACCCCAGAUCAACCAAAUCAUGAAAAAGAAUUGAACAAGAUAAGAAGCCAACUCUAUCAGGAGGAAGAGUACCAAGGCUCUGAGCAGGAAAGAAUGAGGAAUGAAAUCUGCGACCUAACAGAGGAGCUUCAUCAGAAGGAGAUCACUAUAGCAACUAUCAUGAAGAAAGCUGCCCUUCUGGAAAGACAGUUAAAAAUGGAGUUAGAAAUAAAAGAAAAAAUGUUAGCAAAACAACAGGUCUCAGAUAUGAGAUAUAAAGCUGUCAGAACUGAAAACACACAUCUAAAAGGAAUGAUGGGAGAUUUAGACCCUGGACGGUACCUGGCAAGUGAAAUUACUGAUAUCAAGUGUAUGGACUUCACUAACAGAGAACAAUCAAGGCAUACAUCUAUUAACAAACUGCAGUAUGAGAAUGAAAGGCUCCGAAAUGAUCUUGCAAAACUUCAUGCCAAUGGAAAAUCAGCAUGGGCUAAUCAAAAUACCUAUGAAGAAACGGGCCGGUACACCUAUCAAAGCCAAAUAAAAAUGGAAAAAAAUGAAGAUAGACUUAGCCAAGAUUGUGAGCCAAAUAGAAGUGCAACACCUCCAUUGCCACCUUUGCCGUUUCAAACCAAAGAAAUGACAAGUCCUUUGCUUAGUGAUGAUGAAGUAUUCCCACUGAUUCCCCUCCCAUUGGCUGGCACUUCUGUUGAACAAAGCUGUUUGCCUUUGUGGGUCUCCCCCAGACAUGUCUUUCCCAGCUUCUCUGGCUGCACAGCAAUUCCUUCUGGAGGAAGAAAUGCGAGCAAAAGAACUUGAAAAACUUCUAAAUACGCAUAUUGAUGAACUACAAAGACAUACAGAAUUUACUCUUAAUAAAUACACCAAGCUAAAGCAAAAUAGACGCAGAUGAGCUUUUAAACUUUUUUGUUUGCUUCCCCUACCCCAAGCAAAAAAGCUCUGGCAAAAUAUUUACAAAGCUGAUUAAUGAAACUGAGAAAUUUUGUUCUGUUUUCUUGAGUAAAUCAUUUUGUAAGGCAGCUAGAACAUAGUAUUUUCUUCGAUAAAACUUUGUACUUCUGCAUUCACGUAAUGAAUUGUUCAUCUGUAGAGUUACUGUAAAAUAAACACGACAACUCCAGAAGAGAUUUUUUUUUUUCAGUCUAAGGACUAUUUUGGAAGUAAAUAUGCAGUUGUUUUCCCACCUGAAUCGCGUAUACUGAAAACCCGUUUCCUCUGUAACAACGCAGAAGGAGGGAAAGAGAAGCACUGUAUUCCAAACCUGGAUGAAUCAAGCACAGCUCAGUUGUACUAGGUUUGAAAACUCAAGGAUUUUUAUAAAUGAAAAUAUUAAGUAUUUUUGAGCUAUGUAAACAUCCUAAAAUUUCUUUUAGGAAAAAAAAAAAAGAUAUAGUUUACUGUUUCUGCAUUUCCCUUUGUGAUGUUUCUCUGUUUCAACACAAUAAAGGACAUGAAAUGUGCUGUGUACACACUCAAAAUAUAUGUGCCAAAGAUUAAUGCUUUCCUGUUAGUGCCAAUUACUUCAUGGACGUGAACAUGAUAAAGAAAAUAUAAAGCAUUACUGUUGUUACGUUCUCGUUUGUAAUCACUUUUAUUUUUAAUAUGUUAAAGGGAUACAAAAUUCUAUGGACUUAAAACAUAAAUGCCAAAUCUGUAUAGAACAGUAAUAGCAUGGUAGUGAACAAUAAAAUUCAAGUUACAAAUAUGCAAA